CCCUCCCACAACAAAAUCCACUGGGAUCUUGGUUUCAUCCCAUUGGUCGGGGAUGCUGCGACGGGGGGGAGGCGAGAACAAUAGCAUCAUUCCGGCAUAAAAAGAGUGGAGCUAUGCCUUGGAGACGAAAACAUUUCAGCAACAGAAGAGUCGAUAUUCUGGGGAGAUAAAGUCCCGGAAGCUUCUGGUGUUGCCAUAUUUUCUACCAAACCUGGAUACUUCAGACUUCACCCACCUCCCCGAAGUGCCUUUCCGCUGUCACCCGCCAAGAUGCCCAAAGGAUUCCUGGUAAAAAGAAACAAGAAAUCUGCACAUGUUUCCUACAGGACUCGCUCAGACGAAGAUGAGCUCCAGGAGCUCCCCACCCCAGUUGCCUUGCCGAGUCACUUGGGCCCCUCCCCGCCGAUGUCCGUGGCGUCCAGUCCGGACCGCGCCUCAGCCUCGCCGGAUUUCGCCGCGGCCGACGCACCGGUGCCAAGGCUGGAGAAGCCGGCCCAGUUCGGCAAUCCAGAAGCGGUGUGCCAAGCCCUCUACAGCCCCACCCGACCCGUCAGCAAGGAGCACGACCGGGAAUAUUUGGAGCGAAGUUUCAAUCUGGGCUCGCCGAUUUCUGCCGAGUCAUUCCCCACAACCGCCUCCCUCUCUGGCCUGGAGCAUCUCCUGUACGCUCCGGUAGACCUGAAGAUCGGCACCAGCAACAGCAGCCGCAGCGGCACCAACACCACCACCAGCAGCAGCAGCAGCAGCCUCACGGGACCAAACAACCGGGUCUCCAACAAACGACCCGCCACAGAUGGCGCAGAGCGCAAACUCAAACCCGCCUCAAAGAAACCCAAAGCCAUAAGAAAACUCAACUUUGAAGACGAGGUGACCACCUCCCCGGUGCUCGGGCUGAAAAUCAAAGAGGGCCCGGUGGAGAUGAAGCCGAGGGCGCAGACCUCCGCGGGCUCCAAACCCCUGGGGGAGUUCGUGUGCCAGCUGUGCAAGGAGGCGUACGCGGACCCCUUCUCCCUGGCUCAGCACAAGUGCUCCCGCAUCGUCCGAGUCGAGUACCGGUGUCCCGAGUGCGACAAGAUGUUCAGCUGCCCGGCGAACCUCGCGUCCCACCGCCGCUGGCACAAGCCCCGGACCACCGGCGCGCCGCCCCCGGCGGCCCCGGGCCCCGCGCAGCAGCCGGGCAUCAAGGCGGAGGCGGGCAAAAUGCCGCCGCUGGGGGUCAAGUCCGAUGAAGCCAAAGAGAUGAGCGACAGGGACAGCCCGAGUCCGGGUCUGUCCGAGUCCGGUUCUGAAGACGGCUCGUAUGACUGCCAGUACUGCGGGAAGAGGUUCAAGCGGCAGGCGUACCUGAGGAAACACAUCAUGGGGCACCAGGUGCUGCAGAAGAAGGUGAUGGAGGAGCACGGGUUUCAAACCAGCGACCGAGCAGCGGUAGAGCAGGCUCCUGUGUCAGUCGCCUCCUCCUCCUCAGCAUCCUCCUCCACCUCCUCCUCCUCAGCAUCYUCCUCCUCCUCUUCAGCAUCCGCAGAGGACGCGUCAAACCAAAGCCCCCUGAACCUGAGCCCGGUGGACUGCCUGCUGUGCCCGGUGUGCGGGGAGAGUUUCACCAGCAGGGCCGGCCAGGAGCGACACCUGCGCCUCAUGCACUCCUCCCAGAUCUACCCGUGCAAGUACUGCCCCGCCACCCUCUACAGCUCACCGGGGCUCACCAGGCACAUAAACAAGUGCCACCCCUCGGAGAAUCGCCAGGUGAUCCUGCUGCAAAUGCCGGUGCGCCCCGCCUGCUGAGGACAGAACUUGUGCCUUUGAUGGGGGGGAAGAUUAGAAAAGAGAAAAGAAAAAAAGWGRGUUWGGAGGAAAGAAAAAAARRAAAAGAAAAAAGUUUCUGCCAUAACUUUAGGCCAAUGAAAGGCAGGGCUGUUUGAUGUUUAAGUGGUGUCUUUUCCAUGCCAAUCAGUGAUUGUUGAAUGCUUGUCUCUAUAUUCCAAUAGGCCUAUUUUGAGAUUUUAUUUCUCAAAUUAGUUUAUCAAGAGAGAGAGAAAAUACAAAGCGUUAGUUUGACUGUUAAAGGGUAUUUUUCUAGGACAGCACAUCAAUGAUAGCUUCUAGACCUAAGAAACGUCUUUAAAUUCUCAGAAAUUCUUUUGUUUCCUCGUUAAAAAUUCUGAACUCACCACCCGGGUUGCUCCAUCUCUGUAGCUUUACGCCUGUUUGUGAACCAUGUGACUUUAUCAACUUUGUCUUGGUGGAGGAAAAAAAAAGUGUGACUGAAGAAUUCACUGUUUUAGUAGAACCACAAAUGCCUUUAGAAUACAGAUAAAUCUAGUCUGAAAUAGCCUACAUACAUCCAAAUCCCGCUGUAUAACUGCCUUAAAAAAGUCAACAUAGAUUGUUUUUAAUUUCGAUUGCUGGCACAUAUUUUAUUAUUAUUAUUAUUAUUGAAGAUUGUUGCAAUAUUUUUCAUCAUAUUUAUUUAUUUAUUCUAAUUAUUUUAUGUAACUUAUUGUGGUUUUUUUGUUUCCCCUCCUGUGAAUUGUUCUGGCAGUUUACAUGUCGUACAGCCAAAAUGUUUUUGUUUAAUAAAUUGUUUUUUUUAAAUUUUAUUAGUUGUGAUAAUUGUCGUGGGUCGGGUUUUAAUCUUGAAAUCUUUACAGCUCUUUGUUUAAAAAAAAAAAAGAAACGGAAAAAAAUUAAACGUGAAGCUCUUACCUUAGAUGCAAUCUUUUUUAAAGGACAAGUUAUUUUUCUUAAAUGUUGGCUUUUAUAGCGCUUUGAUUGUAUGUGUAUAUCGUUGGUGUCUAUCAAAUAAAAAUAUUUUCAAAAGGA